AUGACUCAAGAUAGGGAGGCUCUUCGGAAACUCACAUUUCAGAACCACAAAUUGCAAGUAAUGAUGGACACUAAAAGUUUAGGUGUGCACUUGUGUUCUUCUAAAGUUAGAAGUGUGAGUCAUCAUGCUGUUCGAAUGCACCAAGCCAUCACCAUGGCCUCAAAAGUAGCCAGUUUUCCAUUACCUGCCAACGACAGAGGUUUGAUUUGUGCCACCAAAAUUUUGCCCAAAGUUCUUUUUGGAACUGAGGUUUGCCCUCCGGUGAAAGCAGAUUUUGGCAAAUUACGUAGUGCCAUUGCUCGUGCUGUGUGGAAGAAACGUUCUUGUCGCAGCACUGAUGUUUCAAUUUCAUGGCUUUCUCACUCGCGAUCUUUCUUUCAACAUCAGGUACGUCAAGCCUUACGUGAGAAAAAUUUGUCCAUUGCUAACAAACGCUUGGAUUUGAGAGGCAUUCGCAACCUUCGUGCGGAGCUCCGUGCUGUUCUGGCUGCCUUGAUCAUCGAAAAUAGACCCUUACAUGUCAGAAGUGAUUCCAGUUAUGUUGUAGACGGUGUGAAUAACUUGCUUCAGGGUGCUACCGUCCCUUUUGACGGUGAUAAUGUUGACCUUUGGAGACAGGUUGCUGACUUACUUGCUCAUCGAUUUCACUCUUUCCGUAUCUCAUGGGUUAAAGGUCAUGCCUCUGCAGCCGAUGUUGAAAGUGGAAUUUCCACCAACGAAGAUCAAGCAGGUAAUGCUACAGCGGACGCAGCAGCUGAGCUUCAGUUUGCGAAGCACAUUUUGGUAGCCGCCGCCUUGGACGACAUGCCAGUUGGACUAGUUCCAGCAUUGCCACAGAAAGUAUUGCACUCUGAUUCCGAUCCGAUUGCCAAGAAUCCAUCAUGGAGUACCCACUAUACUCCCUACUCAAUUGAUCCUCCACGAUCCAUUUGGCGGCCUCCUCCUGCCCCGGACUAG